GUGAAAGAAGUUUGCUGACGAAGAUGGCGACUGAGGCACAGAGUGAAGGGGAGGUACCAGCCCGCGAAUCCGGCCGGAGUGAUGCCCUCUGCAGUUUUGUGAUCUGCAAUGAUUCUUCCCUUCGAGGUCAGCCCAUUAUCUUUAAUCCUGACUUUUUUGUGGAGAAACUCCGACAUGAGAAACCUGAGGUUUUCACUGAGUUGGUGGUCAGCAAUAUCACAAGGCUCAUCGAUUUACCUGGAACUGAGUUGGCUCAGCUGAUGGGGGAAGUGGACCUUAAGUUGCCUGGCGGGGCCGGCCCAGCGUCAGGAUUCUUCCGGUCUCUCAUGUCUCUCAAGCGAAAGGAAAAAGGAGUGAUAUUUGGGUCCCCACUGACAGAGGAAGGCAUUGCCCAGAUAUACCAACUGAUUGAAUAUCUACACAAAAACUUACGAGUAGAGGGUUUGUUUAGAGUACCAGGUAAUAGUGUCCGACAGCAGAUUUUAAGGGAUGCUCUCAAUAAUGGAACUGACAUUGACUUGGAAUCAGGGGAGUUUCACUCAAAUGAUGUUGCCACUUUGCUGAAGAUGUUUCUGGGAGAGUUGCCGGAGCCUCUGCUGACACAUAAACAUUUCAACGCACACCUUAAAAUCGCUGAUCUGAUGCAGUUUGAUGAUAAAGGAAACAAGACCAAUAUACCAGACAAGGACCGGCAAAUUGAGGCUCUCCAGUUGCUCUUCCUCAUUCUCCCUCCUCCUAAUCGUAAUUUGCUGAAGUUAUUGCUUGAUCUCCUAUACCAGACAGCAAAGAAACAAGACAAGAACAAGAUGUCAGCCUAUAACCUUGCCCUUAUGUUUGCACCCCAUGUCCUGUGGCCAAAAAAUGUCACUGCAAAUGACCUUCAGGAGAAUAUCACAAAGUUAAACAGUGGGAUGACUUUUAUGAUUAAACACUCCCAGAAACUUUUUAAGGCUCCUGCUUACAUUCGGGAAUGUGCCAGAUUGCACUAUUUGGGAUCCAGAACUCAGGCAUCAAAGGAUGACCUUGACCUGAUAGCUUCAUGUCAUACUAAGUCCUUUCAGCUGGCAAAGUCUCAGAAACGUAACCGGGUAGAUUCCUGCCCUCACCAGGAGGAGACCCAGCAGCAUACGGAAGAGGCACUGAGAGAGCUGUUUCAACACGUUCACAAUAUGCCAGAGUCAGCAAAGAAGAAACAACUUAUUAGACAGUUUAAUAAGCAGUCAUUGACCCAGACACCAGGGCGAGAACCUUCUGCUUCCCAGGUACAAAAGAGGGCUCGUUCACGCUCCUUCAGUGGGCUUAUUAAGCGGAAGGUCCUGGGAAAUCAGAUGAUGUCAGAAAAGAAAAAGAGGAACCCCACUCCAGAAUCUGUGGCCAUUGGUGAAUUGAAGGGAGCCAGCAAAGAAAAUAGGAACUCAUUAUUUUCUGGCUCUCCAGCUGUCACGAUGACACCAACAAGAUUGAAGUGGUCUGAAGGGAAGAAAGAGGGGAAAAAAGGAUUUCUCUGAAGGAUCCAGAGUUGUCUCCUAUGGUCCAUGCAGAAUUUUCUCUUUAGUGGACAAGGUGUUACUCCUGCCCACAGCAAAGCUUGGACUUGCAGCUUGCUUGCUGCAUUUUGAAUUGUCAAGGCCAACUAAUACCGUGACCCAACUGAUACCUCUAAUCCCACUCACUGGAUGAUGUUUGUAAGCUGUGCCUUCUGAGAGAGUGCUUAGGCUCUCUCUCUCUUUUUUAAUAUUAUGGGGAAACCACUAACUGUCCAACCAGCUUAUAUAGCACAGUAAGGUGGGCUUCAGUGCUCAUUCAAUGGGUUUAGGCAGAUUCCACUUUUGAAAAAAAUAUGAGAUGUGUGCUCAACUGCCAGUAAUUUUUGAAAAAGCACUGUCAGUCCUAGUGGCUUGAUGUUAUUUUUUAAUGGAUAUUUUGGGUUUUUCUCUGUUUUGAUAGUGUUGGGUAUUUGGUUGUUUUUGUUUAUUUCUUUGUUUUAAAAGCCAUGCUUUUGGAUGGGCUCUAAGCUAGAUGCCUUUCCCUUGUUUUCACUUUGAGCGUUGGGAAAACUCUUUAUUUUAUGAGGCUGUAUUCCUCAAUACCUAAUUUGUGUCCAAAGAAUUUAUAGCUUUUCUGGACAUUUUUUAUUAUUUCUUGGGUCUGACACCAGAGUAUUUGACCUGCAGUAUUGAAAAAGAGAAUUCAGAAUGAUACAAUAUUUUAACAAAUCUUAAUUAUUAAACUCUUUUCCUUCCUUCUUUCCAUCCAUUUCUCCCUCCCUUGUCCAUCUCUUUCUCUUUCCCUUUCCUCAGUGAUGUCAUAAUAAUUGUGUUUUGCUGAACUUGUUACCUUCAUUCAAUUUCCUCUUGACUAAAACAUCUCUGGUGCCAACGUAAUACUUCUGAACCAAAUCACUGUGACUCAAGAAAAGUCACUGACAGCAUAGUAGAAGUUUGCUAAAAUAUUUAUAUGUCGGGGAAGCUCUGGAGUGUGCCUAGGAGGGGCUGGCUGCCUUUAUGUCCCAGGAUGAGUCUUUAUGGGUGGGAUUAUAUUGCACCCUCUCAGGGUGCAGGCUAGACCGUCUCCUGAGAACGAGUUAGAAUCCGAAAAAAGAAGCCAGCAGCAGCCUCUGCAGGGUUGACACGAUUUAAAGGAGAGAAUGUUCUUAUUUGGAAGCAACUGUGGCUUAUCACCAGUGUUCAAGGAGUAUUACUGUGCCGCCCUCUCCUUGUCAGAAGGGGCACAGGUGGUAAUUUGGAGAUGAGGCCAGAGCUUCUGGUUUUUGGACUUGGUGUGUUCACAUAUGUUGGAUGGAGCAGUGGCAUGGCUUCGACCUAGUAUGAACUGGUGUCUGCCCAGAGAGCAGCACGUGGCAGGGGAGAAUGCUCAGGUUUGUGCCUGGCUCUGUGGAGCUGUAUAACCCUUCUCACCCUGUGGGUUCGAGCCGAGUCAGGCCACUAUGGGGAAGCAGUUGCCCCACAAAAUGUGGUUUGCUGACCUAUUUCUAAACUGUUGAAUAUGCUGCACCAUUGCCGAAAUGAAAGAUGACUCUGGGGGAGCAGAGUUUGGCCUUGUGCCCAGCUGGCAGCCCUCUCUGCCAGCCUGUCUGCUGCUUUUGCUGCUGUAACAGCAAUAGUGGAGAAAAAUGUAAAAUUUGGUCUUCCAGCUUAAUAGAGUGUGAACAAUAGAUGGUUAGGAAAACAAAACUGCUUAGAAGCCCCUUUCUCUAGAGUAGUUUUAUGUCAUUUUUAAAAACACAUAUUAGCAAAUUCAUUUGCGUAGGUUUCUAUUAAAUAUUUGACUUUUUUUUCUUAUUAAGAAAAUGAAAUCCCUUACACCAGAUAGCAGUUAAUUCAAACAGAAAACCCUUUUGGUAUCACCAAAUUGAAAUGGUGUUCUUCCUUAACUCUUCCUUCUUUCCUUUAUUUGUUUAGAUGUGCUUCAUCCUGAAGUGGUGCUGUGGUCUGUUAAACAGGGCUGGCAUCAGGUAGAGGGAGCAGAGUGGUGACCUGAUAGCUCCUUGUCAUUGUGUUAGUUUUUGGUUCUAUUUAAGGGAAGUAGCUGAGAUUGAGACGGAUGUAGAUGCUCUUUGGGUGAACGGAAUCAGAAAGCAAGGGUUGUGUUCUGGGGUGAGGGUCGCGAGAGAGAUAUUUAUCACAUGCACAUGCGUUUAUAUAGCUGGUCUCCUUGGGCAGUUUGUGUGUGUUUGUUUAUUUAUUGAGGAUGUUUUCCCUUGCUUUAGGGGUUUAUAGGUCAUUUUUCUUAAUAGAAGCUGUGAUUGACUUAGAAUCCAAAUUUGAGGAGUAAGCAGCAUAACCUUCUACCUUGUAAUAUGUAACUAUUCUAAUCCUGUGGAAUCUUACAGAAAACACAGACAAAACCCCUUUUAUCAUUUGCCACAGAAGCUGCUGUCUCCCUUCUGAUUUGGUGGGCAGGUAUUGUUUUUGAGCCAGUAUUUAACAGAGUUUUUUAAUCUAUAAGAUUGUUUUUGAAUCCAUUUCAUUGUGUUUGUUUUUCAUGUUGGAACAAUCUCUUUGAGAGUGCCUCUUCUUGUGGUUUUUACAACUUCAUUUCUUUCUGGGGUCACCUGUGAUGGGCUUUGAUGUGGUGUCAAUAUGGGCCGUUGUGUUUGUGCCAGGAUACACAUAUUAAACUGUAGGCCACC